UCCUGCAGCUUCCAAGAAUGUAGAAAAUAAGAAGAGGGAGGUUGCUGGAAAGGAGGCUGCUUCUUUGUUCUUGUUUCUUCAAUCAUUCUGAAAUUCUGACCAGCGUGGACUAUGGAGGUGCAGGACAGCAGCCACAGCUGCCCAAGGACCCUGGUCAUGAGGUUCAACCCAGUCUGGUUUUGCUGAAGCAGGAGGAUAGAUUAAACUGGCAUGUACUGCCUGUAUUGGCUGCCAAAGGGGCACUUAGCUCGCUGAUAAAUUAGAUUGAUCUUCUGUACUCCGCAGUAACACAUGAGAAGACAAAGGAACUGACAAGUGGGGGGAAACAGGCAAUAUUUGUAUUAUUAAAAAUUCUGGACUGAGCAACAGAAUGGAAACACUGGUUGGCUGCCUAUUAUGAAACUGUAGGGCAGUGUCUGCCCAUGGAACCUGAUGUGAAUGACUGGAUUCUGCUUCAGGGACCUACCUGCUUCUUUCUUUAAGGAUUUUCCUCCUUUUCCUUUUUGACAAUCCUGCCUGUCGAUAUCACACUUCUCUCUUCAUCCUUGGGUGCCCCCUCCUGCUUUUUGUGCUUCAGCAUGAAACGUCUUUUGUUUCAGUUAAAUUCAGACCUCUCGAUCUGUCACCUGACAGUCUUGUGGUUCUGGAUGAAUGUGGUUCAUUUCUAUUAUUAACCUGGGUUGGCAGCUGGUAUUCCUAACAGGAGGUUGUAGAGAUUCUGAAAAGUGGAGCUCGUUUGAGAGACAAAGAUGCUUCCCAGCUGGCCUUUACCAGAGUUCGAUCCAAGUCAAAUCCGACUGAUUGUAUACCAGGACUGUGAAAGAAGAGGGCGAAAUGUUUUAUUUGACUCCAAUGCUAAGAGAAAAACAGAAGAUUCAUCAGUCUCGAAACUCUGCAGCGACGCACAGGUGAAAGUCUUUGGAAAAUGUUGCCAGCUCAAACCUGGAGGAGACAGUUCCUCCUCUUUGGAUAGUUCAAUCAAUUCCUCUUCUUCAUCUUCUGAAAUAAAAGAACAAUGUCCUAAAUUUCAGGGCUCCCGAUGUUCCUCAGAUGCUAAUAUGCUUGGGGAAAUGAUGUUUGGCUCUGUGGCCAUGAGCUAUAAGGGCUCAACUUUGAAGAUCCAUCAAAUGCGCUCUCCACCACAGCUUAUGUUAAGCAAAGUUUUUACAGCUCGCACUGGAAGUAGUAUCUAUGGAAGUUUAAACACCCUUCAAGACAGUCUUGAAUUCAUUAAUCAGGACAGCAAUACUCUAAAGCCAGAUCACAGUACAAUUAUGAACGGACUGCUUGGAAAUAUAGGUUUUUCACAGCUUUGCAGCCCUAGGCGGGCAUUCUCUGAACAAGGUCCGCUCCGCCUCAUCCGGAGCGCCUCUUUCUUUGCAGUUCACAGCAACCCUAUGGACAUGCCAGGGAGGGAGCUGAAUGAAGACCGAGACAGUGGAAUCGCAAGAUCUGCAUCUCUCAGCAGCCUGCUUAUCACUCCAUUUCCCUCACCUGGCUCUUCAUUAAACCGAAGCUGUGCGAGCAGUUACCAGCGGCGCUGGCGGCGUAGUCAGACAACAAGCUUGGAGAAUGGGGUCUUUCCUCGAUGGUCAGUGGAAGAAAGCUUUAACUUGUCUGAUGACAGUGCCAGCCCAAGCCCAGGAAUUGUCAGGAAGAAGAAGAUAGCCAUUGGUGUGAUAUUUACCCUUUCGAAAGAUGAAGAAGAAAACAACAAAUUUAAUGAGUUCUUUUUUUCACAUUUCCCUCUUUUUGAGAGCCACAUGAACAAACUGAAGAGUGCAAUAGAGCAGGCUAUGAAAAUGAGUCGGCGAUCAGCUGAUGCCAGUCAACGGAGUUUGGCCUAUAACAGGAUUGUGGAUGCCUUAAAUGAAUUCAGAACAACCAUUUGUAAUCUCUACACAAUGCCACGGAUUGCAGAACCUGUUUGGCUCACCAUGAUGUCAGGAAUGCCUGAGAAAAACCAGCUCUGCCAUCGCUUUAUGAAGGAAUUUACUUUCUUAAUGGAACAAGCCUCCAAGAACCAAUUUUUACCAGCACUUCUGACUGCAAUUUUGACAAACCAUCUGGCCUGGGUCCCUACGGUUAUGCCAAAUGGCCAACCACCUAUCCGAAUCUUUCUAGAAAAGCAUUCCUCACAGAGUGUGGACAUGUUGGCCAAGUCUCAUCCAUACAAUCCACUGUGGGCACAAUUAGGAGAUCUGUAUGGAGCUAUUGGGUCACCUGUAAGACUAUCAAAAACAAUAGUGGUUGGCAAAAGACAGGAUCUCGUGCAACGUUUGCUUUAUUUCCUCACUUACUUCAUAAGAUGCUCUGAGCUGCAAGAGACUCAUCUUCUGGAAAAUGGAGAGGAUGAAGCCAUAGUGAUGCCUGGCACAGUUAUCACCACAACGCUUGAGAAGGGGGAAGUAGAAGAAUCUGAGUACGUGCUGGUCACAGUGCACAAGAACAGAAGCAGUUUGCCCUUCCAAGAGUCUGAAGAAGUGCGAACGUCUAACUGCAGCUGCAAAUAUUGUAAGGGCCCCCUUAACCCUAUCCAGAGUACAGAAAGUGCUUCAGGACAUGAGAGGGAUGAAUUGCAGAAUACCCUUAAAGUGGAGGUGGAAGUGGAAUCUGAUUCAAGUGAAGACAAAGCAGUACCUACUGACUGCCAAGAGAGGACUGCUGAUGUGAAGCACUGCAAAGACCCAUUGAGUUCUGGCCUGGAUACAAAGUUGGAGAGAGUGGUCUUCACAGGGUCAGCUUCCCUGUUGACACAGUCCACACUAGAACCAACAGAUGGAACAUGGAGGAGUGAGGCCUCUCUGGAUUCUGACAAUCAGUCCGUGGAAGCAGUGAGAUCAACAAAUGUCAUGGUAGAGAAGAAGCCACCUGAUAAAAUCUCAUCUGAAGCCAUUCCUUGCAGUACAGCUGAAGCUCAAACAAAGGUGACUUUCCUCAUUGGAGAUUCCAUGUCACCGGAUUCAGAUAUUGAGGUCCGAAGUCAAGCAGUAGCAGAACAAAUGACUAGGCACAGCAACCAGGUGGAGAACGAAGAAAGAAAAUCUACUGAGGAGAAGUGUGAAGCAUCACAAAACCAUGAGGACCAAAAAACAGAUGAGAAUACAAAUGAAGAGUUCCCUCAGGUUGCCAUUAAGCUCCAGAACUGGAAUCCUUACAGUGAAGAAGGUGCUAAUCUGCUUGAAAAAUACUUUACUAAGGAAGGAUUAGUUGAAACCAGAACGAUUGAUGAUAUUCCAGUGAAAGCAACUACAGAUGUUGUAGAUCCAAACAGUAGUUUAGAAUUUCCCUCCAAACCCUGUACAAAGAACUACAAAUCCCCCAGUGAAUUUUGUAAGUUUAUGGAAUCUGUUCGUCAAGAGACUUGUAAAAACUGCUUUGCAGAGCAGGACCAAAGAGAGAAAAUCUCUGUGAUUGUCCCCCAUGGGGACAGAGAGAACUUAGAAAAAAAGACCGACCCAGGGGUAGACUGGGACAUUCCACGAAAUGAGAGUUCAGAUAGUGCCCUUGGGGACAGUGAAAGUGAAGAUGCAGGGCAUGAUGCUGCCAGGACAAGACAGAACUAUUAUGGGACAGAUCAAGAAGAAUGGGCAGAAGAAGAAGACAUACCUUUUCCUGGGUCAAAAUUAAUUGAAGUGAACUCUGUCCAGCCCAGUAUUGCCAAUUUUGGAAGGUCCUUGCUAGGUGGCUACUGUUCAUCUUACGUACCUGACUUUGUUUUGCAAGGAGUAGGAAAUGAUGAGAAACUGAGACACUGUUUGAUGUCAGAUUUGUCGCAUGCUGUGCAGCAUCCUGUUCUUGAUGAACCUAUUGCAGAAGCUGUCUGCAUUAUCGCAGAUACAGAUAAAUGGACAGUGCAAGUGGCCAGUAGUCAGAGACGAAUCAUGGAUAAUAAACUCGGGAAAGAUGUGCUAGUCUCUAAUCUUGUCUCCAACCUGCUUCAUUCCACUCUUCAGCUUUAUAAGCAUAAUUUAUCUCCCAAUUUUUGUGUAAUGCACCUGGAGGAUCGGCUGCAGGAACUGUAUUUCAAGAGCAAGAUGUUGUCAGAAUAUCUCAAAGGCCAGAUGCGAGUUCAUGUGAAAGAGCUGGGAGUUGUCCUAGGGAUUGAAUCUAGUGACCUCCCUUUACUGGCAGCAGUAGCAAGCACCCACUCUCCAUAUGUUGCCCAAAUUCUUCUCUAGAAUACCAAAGGGCAAAAGACAAUAACCUUCUUUUUAUAGAAUGGAAGACAAGGAAGGAGACAUGAACCACCCUUGUCCCAGCUCUUUCUUGGCCUCCGGCAAAGGAACAACUUGUUGGCUUGACUGUGUGCCUCUGCAACUGAAUGCCUCAUGUGCAAACAAGUGAAGUUGUGCCCACCUUCCUUCCUUCCUUCCUUGCCCACUCAUUAAAAGAAAAUAAAAAGAAAAUAGAAAAUUAGACCAGAGACUUAGAUGACUAAAGAAGACACUAGAGCUUUGGAAGACUGUGGAGAAUGGCUUGGAUAGUUACUGCCAAAGUGGAUGUUCCUACAAGAUGAUGAAUUAAAGGAUUACCAGGAGGAAAACUUUUGUAUAAUUCUGCGCAGUGUUGAUAGUUUAUACAAGAGAAUGGAACCAGCUGGCUACUUAGUACCAACCAGGAGAGCAUUUAAAGUGCAUACCUAUAAAGCUACAACUAAUUGUAAUAAUUUGACCAUUCUGCGUUACCGUUAGAUGCUGAAGAUCUCUUUUUUCUUGGAGAGGAAAAACAAUUUAAAGGCAGGUAGGAGAUUGGGAAUGAGAAGUAGCCUGAGCCACCUAGCUCAGAAAUGUAAAAGUAGGGAUUCUUUCAUGGAGAAGAUGAAAACUGCCUACUUUCUCCUCAGUUUGGGUAUAUAACGGAUUAUGCAUUGAUAUUUUUCUCCUGCUGAUAUUAUUGUCCAAGGACUCCAGAAAGCAAAACUUAGGCAGGAAAAGAGGAUGCAUCUGUAAUUUCUUGUUACUAGAGUUACCAGAUGAAAAAAGGGACAGGGACUUCCCUUUAAUGAUUAUAUACAAGGGGAAAUUUCAGUACAACUUGCAUGGCAAGCAACACUGGCUGAAAUUCCCAAUGCUACACAAUUACUAAUGGGACAGGAGUCCUGGCCUUUGUUUCAUCUGGCAACCCUAUCUGUUAACUUUUUCACACAAAAACACAGUAAAGGUUCCUUCACUUCAAUUUUGUCCCAUUUGGAGGGAACAGAAGAAUGAUGCAAUGAUCCUUAAGGAUACACUGAAGUCCCAUUCAUUUCUGUAGGGUUUAAAAUGCCUACAUUUGACAGAUUUCAGGUAGUUACUACGAAGCAAAACAAACCUACAUACCCAACAUGGAUAAUUGUGUUUGAAGAACAUUGUCCUUAAUUACCAGAUUUGAAAGUGAUUUUCUCUUUCCCCCCCCCCCCCCCACCAUUGUUGUUUAAAUAAUUGUAUUUCAACAUUUUGAGUACAGUUUCCUGAGGAUACCACUUUUUAAAACCUAAUUAUUAAUCUUAACCUUGUGCAUGUCUACUCAGAAAUAAGCGCAAAUGAAUUAUGCACAACUUUCUUCAAGAUAAAGGGUAAAUCCAGUGUAAGUCUUAUCUAGAGCAGACAUAUUGAAAUGAAUAGAACUUGUUAGGCCCAAUUAACUUUAGUCCCAUGAUUUCAGUAAAUCUACUCUAGAUUUAGGAUCUAAACCCUAAACCCUGGAUUUAGCCCUGAAUGUGUUUAGGAUUGCAAACCUACAUAUAAGAAGAGAAGCUGCAAUUGUCUUUCUGUUAUGCUACCAUUUGUCUCUAAUUAAAUGAUAAAAGAUUCCUGAUCAGUUGCAACAAGUACAUAAAAGAUAUUUUGAGCAGGAUUUACUACCUCACAUGAAAUAACACGACACUGGGUUAAAAGGGUUUGCUUAUUUUCUGUAGCAUUACUAAAUAUAAGUUUGUUAUGAACUACUUUAUUGUUCUGGAAUUUAUACAUCAUCACACAGUGACUGAAAAUUGCACCUACCAUGCUGGAUAUUUCACAGGCCUCAUCCAGACCUUUUACUUUUUUGAGACAGAUGACAGUGUGCUUGAAACUCUUGUUUUUCUGGAAUUCUGGGUGGGCUACAAUUGUAAUUUCUCUCUCCUUUUGCUUGAAAAAACACUGUACUUGUGCCAUUGAUGGAAAUGUUAAAACAAAAUUCUCUUACACCUCAGUGAAUAUCAUCAUCACUUUUGGCUCUACUGUUGCUCCUCUUGGUCUGACAUCACCAAUGGGAAAAAGGUGAGCCUAGCCUUCCACUAGCCACUGCUCAUGUGUUUGUGGUCUUUUCCAUCAGUUUUUUGUUUUUAUGCUAAGGAGCUCAGAACAACCUUUUAGUAUAACAACUGGCAAUGCUCUCUCAUUCCAGAACAUUUUCUUUAUGUCCUCCUCCCCCAGUGAAAGAUAGGUGCUUCCUCCUCUUUCUGGUACUGAAGAUACAGGUCUUCCUUUUGGAUUUUAUUUUAACAAGCUGAAAUGGCUAGCGGCCCCCACUGCCUCCAUUAGCAAUAAAUCUCCCUCUUCUCUGUUCAGUGAACAGUUGUCAUCUGUUCAGUGCAGAACUGAGACUAGUGUUAUGACAGUUAUAUCAGGGCAGCUACUCUGUCUGUCUGUCUGUCUGGGGAAAGUUUCUUUUUUGAACUAUAGUCCCCAGAAUCCCCCCACUGGUUUGCUGGAAUUCUGGGAGCUGUAGCCCCAAAAAAGUAACAUUUCCAAAUUGAUCAUUUGAUUGAUCUGUCCCCAUCUCACUAGCAAUAGUCUGAUGUUGCAAAUGAAGUCAUGGCUUCAGUUUUUCGUACUACAUCUGUCUAGUUGAGUAGAAUUGUAUUGGCAAAAUCGUUUGCAAAUGAGUCUGCCUGGCAAAGGGCUGCUCUUGCAAUUUUUUUACAAACCAAACUGAGCUUGGGUUUGUAGCACAUAGUCUUGAUCAAGGGCCCAGCAUGUGCAAAAGGCCUCUGCUGCCACCUACCUGUGUGAGAGAAUUAGGGAAAGCACUCUGUCAACCUGAAGGGCAAGUUCCAAUUUUUUGAGGUGGCAGCAGAGCUAGUAGAUGUUUACUCAGAAGACCUGUUCAUAUCUUAAGCUCAGGAGCCUCUAGCUAAUGGGACAUAGAUGACCAGAAUUUUACCCAUAUACCUAUCCUCAAAUGACAUACGUUUUAAAUAAAGCAAAACUUGAAUUUGAACAAUGUGGUAUAGAGGCUCGUCUAAACAAAAAGCUGAAACUGAAACAAAGAAAGUAUGGGCCAUAAUACUUGGGGAUGAUGGGAUUUGAAAUUUAACCUCUGAAAUAUAUCAUGUUGGGAUAGGCCUAGAUCUCAGAAUGUGAAUAAUUUGGAUUAUUCUAAAUGACUAUAUCUUCAGGACCAUGAUACAAGCUGUAGCUGGCCCACCUCUAGAAGUGGCUCGUUUAAAGCCUAUUACGGGAUCUGCAGCUGUUAUGGGUUGUUUGGUCCUCUGUCGAUUUGUCCCUUGCCCCACACUUCCAGAAUAAAGCUACAAUCCAAAACUUCACAUAUUUGUUUCUGACAUUUCACCAGCAUCUUUGGCUGGCAUCUUCAGAGAAUGCUUAGCAUGGAAGUGAGUGGGGUAUAUCUAUACUGUGUGACCCUGGGUUGGGAAGAGUGAUUUUCAUGUUAAUCUGUGUAUUGCUCUGUUGUUAAAUGGCAAGGCCUCAGGGUGGGAGGAUAUGCAAAGAGGAUUUGUGUCUGUUUAAUAAGAGAUCCAUUGUUUGCUGGGAAAACUGCUGUGCUUCUUAAUUUUGCAGCUCCAACCAGAGAGAGAUGGGCUGCUGUUUUUACAAACCUGUGGAGGCAGCCUAGACAAUACAGACAAGCUGAGAAUAGUCUCCUGUACUGUCUCAGUGUCAAAAAAAAUUAGCAUGUGCUGCCCUGUAUUUAUGUAAUCAUUGGUUCAUUUCACCUGCUAAACUCAUAUUUGGCUCUCCCAAAAUAACAGACAUAGAUAAAUUUUUGAGCUCUGUUACCUGAAAUCUUUUUGAAUAGAAUCACCAGAGACUGAGUCUGGGACCUUCUAUGUGCAAGAUAUCUCCUCUAGUACUGAGCAAUACAUACACCCCAUUAAGGUGCUUUACUUCAGGAUCUGUGCAGAUGUUGCUUGCUUCCACACAGACUGAUGAAGGCACAUGGGUGUGUUGCCUUCAGCUCCCCUUUAUCCUACCCUUUGCUUGUCCAUUUCUGUUGUUGUACAACUACUGUGUGUGCUGGUGCUAUGCUGUAUCAGUACAUGGUGGCUGUUGAAAUUUCAGAAGCAUCCAUUCAGGCUGCUUCCCGGGGGAGCUCAGAACCUGAGUACAUGCCACAAGGCAUAAUAUUUCUGUGCUCCAAUCUUUAUGCCCUUAUCUGCACAUUUAUUGGCAAGUGUCCUGACCCCAUAGGGUGAGGAAUGCAGUUGGAUGAUGAUCAGUAAUUCAGGCAGUAGCACAGCCAUUGUGGUAGUUCCUUUAUUGCCUCUAAAAGAUUUUAGGUAACCAUAUGCUACCCAUCUCCUCCCAGCAUUUGGUUCAUUUGAGACUUGGGGGGGUAGUAUUGUUGUUAAUGCUCAUUCUAUUGACACUGCUGGAAUGGUUAAUUUGCAAAAGAAAUUGUAGCAUGAUGGCAUGCUUUCCUGUAACUGAUAAUUUGUUUAUGGUACGUCUGAACUCAAAGUACUACUUGCAUCUGUUUGUUUGGAUUUUUAAAAAACUUUUUUAAAAAGGGAACUAUAACAGCACUGUAGUGUUGUCCUCUUAAUGUAUCUUGCUUUUCAGUACCAUGUAUAUACAAAACUAAUCCUUUUUGAUUUUUGCAAUAUCCCCAGUGUCCGUUGAUACGUCUUAAUUUUAGGGCUGAAAAUAUUGAAGUGUAUUGCACAUACAUACUAACAAAAAAUUUUCCACUGCAGCUUGCAAAUACCGGGCUGCUAAAAACAAGAAAAGAAAGGUGGAGGGUGGUGGUAAUCCAAAGCAAGACUUUAAAUCUUGCCUUUUUAAAAUCCCUAUUUGUUAGAGUAGGUGUUUCAGGAGGAUCUUGUUUGUUUUGUUUUUGGUCUCCUCUAAAUUAUGUAGAUGGUGGUAUGUGUAAUAUGCUGGGCAAAUGUACAUACUUGUUAUCUUUUGUGUUUUUGUACAUAUAUAUUUCCCAAGAUGUGCACUUGUAUUAUAUAAUAACCAUUCCCGAUUUUAGGGGAACUUUGUGCAAUAAAUACAAUAUUGUCCAUUUAA